AUGGGCGCUGCGGGCGCUAGGGAACGCACCAUCAUGGGUCGCAGUGAACUCCACACCCUUCGUCCAAGAGGGGGUACGAUACGCGCGCGGGUCACUGUGGUGAUUGCGGAACACCCAGCUGUGCUGAAUCUCGCCGGUGACACACCUGCGGGAGGGGACCCCAGCAGUUCGGGCUCUUUCCGCCUUUGCCAGUCUCGACCGCAACUGCCCCGCACCGCCGGAAGCAGCAGCAGUUACGACGCAUCGUAUUUGCUCUGCGUGCUACUACGAAAUCCAGCUUGUUGUGCCGCGUCGCGAUGA